GGGGGGGGACAUGCGGCAUAUAGGUGACGUCCGCUGGUGAGAAACACUUAGCGCAGGUAAAAGGGUGGCGGCGAGAGGGAGUUCCCACCUGUUGCGUUCUUAAAGAAAUGAAGACUUAAGAAAAUACCAAGGAGGGGCCGAUCGGUUUCUUUCGGACGCGCCUGGAGCCCCACCCUCGGCCAGAGGAAAAGCCCCUUGGGUGAGAGGCAGGAGCUUCAGAGAAAUCGAGAAGAAAAGCGCCUCUCCUCGCGCUCCACCUCCUCUGCUCGCACUCCUCCUGCGCGGCGGCCCAGCCUGCACCGGCCGCGGCCCGUGUCCCCGCCGAGCCCUCGCAUCCCGGCCUCCGGGUGCCUCGGCCGGCGACCUGUCCCCGAGUCCUCCCAUGGCGGCAGCCCGACCCACAAGCUCCCCGAGCGGAGCCCUCUGCCGGCAACUCCUACUGACCCUCACGAUCUUAACAUUUGCCUGUGAUGCCUGCAAAAAAGUGACGCUACAUGUUCCCUCCAAACUAGACGCUGAGAAAUUUGUUGGUAGAGUUAACCUGAAGGAGUGCUUUAAAUCUGCAAAUCUAAUUCGUUCAAGUGAUCCUGAUUUCCAAAUUUUAGAAGAUGGUUCAGUCUAUACAACAAAUGCUAUUCUUUUGUCCUCGGAGAAGAGAAAUUUUACCAUAUUACUUUCCAACACUGAGAACCAAGAAGAGAAGAAAAUACUUGUUCUUUUAGAGCAUCAAACAAAGGUACUAAAGAAAAGCCAUUCUAAGGAAAAAGUUCUAAGACGUGCCAAGAGAAGAUGGGCUCCUAUUCCUUGUUCAGUGAUGGAGAAUUCCUUGGGUCCUUUCCCACUUUUUCUGCAACAGAUUCAAUCUGACACGGCACAAAACUACACUAUCUACUAUUCCAUAAGAGGGCCUGGAGUUGACCGAGAACCUAAAAAUUUAUUUUAUGUGGAGAGAGAUAGUGGAAACCUGUUUUGUACUCGUCCUGUGGAUCGUGAGGAGUAUGAAUCUUUUGAGCUAAUUGCCUUUGCAACAACUCCGGAUGGAUAUACUCCAGAACUUCCACUGCCCCUAGUAAUCAAAAUUGAGGAUGAAAAUGAUAACUACCCAAUUUUUACAGAAAAAACUUACAUUUUUAAAGUAGCUGAAAACAGCAGAGUUGGUUCUACUGUGGGACAGGUAUGUGCAACUGACAAAGAUGAACCUGACACGAUGCACACGCGUCUGAAGUACUCUAUCCUCGCGCAGUUGCCAGCAUCACCCACGCUGUUUUCUAUGCAUCCAACUACAGGCGUGAUCACCACAUCAUCCUCUCAGCUAGACAGAGAGUUAAUUGAUAAAUACCAGUUGAAAAUAAAAGUACAAGACAUGGAUGGUCAAUAUUUUGGUUUACAGACGACUUCAACUUGCAUCAUUCAUAUUGAAGAUGUGAAUGACAACUUGCCAAUGUUUACGCGUACUUCUUAUGUGACAUCAGUGGAAGAAAAUACCAUUAAUGUGGAAAUCUUACGUGUUACCGUUGAAGAUAAGGAUUUAAUAAAUACUGCUAAUUGGAGAGCUAAUUAUACUAUUUUAAAGGGCAAUGAAAAUGGAAAUUUUAAAAUUGUAACAGAUCCCAAAACCAAUGAAGGAAUUCUGUGUGUGGUUAAGUCGCUGAAUUAUGAAGAAAGACAACAGGUGAACCUGCAAAUUGGUGUCAUUAAUGAAGCUCCGUAUUCCAGAGAAGUUAGUUCAAGAUCAGCCAUGAGCACAGCGGCCGUUACUGUUAAUGUGAAAAAUCAGGAUGAGGGCCCCGAGUGUAGCCCAGCGUUGCAAACUGUUCGAAUUAAAGAAAAUGUACCAGUGAGAACAACGAGCAAUGGAUAUAAAGCAUACGACCCAGAAACAAGUAGCAGCAGUGGCAUAAGGUAUAAGAAAUUAAAAGAUCCAAAAGAAUGGAUCACUGUUGAUGAAAACUCAGGAUCAAUCACAAUUAUCAAGAGCCUGGAUAGAGAGGCAGAGAACAUCAAAAAUGGCAUAUAUAAUGUCACAGUGCUGGCAACAGAUAAAGUUGGGAGAACAUGUACUGGGACACUGGGGAUUAUACUUGAAGACGUGAAUGAUAAUGGUCCAUCCAUACCUAAAGAGACAGUGAUAAUCUGCAAAACUGUCAUGUCGUCUACGGAGAUUGUUGCCGUUGAUCCUGAUGAGCCGAUAAACGGCCCACCCUUUGACUUCAGCUUGGAUAGUGCUUCUGAUUCAGAUGUACAGAGAACGUGGAGACUGACAAAAAUUAAUGAUACAGCGGCACGCCUUUCCUAUCAGAAUGACCCUCCAUUUGGAUCAUAUAUAGUACCUAUCAAAGUUACAGAUAGACUUGGCCAGUCGCUUGUCACUCCAUUAAACGUUAUUUUAUGUGACUGUGUUACCGAAAAUGACUGCACCUCUCGCGUAAGUCCGAGGACUGGCAACGGAGAAGUAAAACUUGGAACGUGGGCCAUCCUUGCCAUAUUGUUGGGCAUAGCAUUGCUAUUUUGUAUCCUGUUUACCUUAGUCUGCGGGGUUUCUCAGGCAGCCAAACAGCCAAAAGUAUUUCCCGAGGAUUUAGCCCAGCAGAACCUCAUUGUGUCCAACACUGAAGCUCCCGGAGAUGACAAAGUGUAUUGCACAGACGGCUUUACGACACAUAUUGUGGGCAGUUCGGCUCAGGGAGUCUGUGGCACUGUGGGAUCAGGAGUGAAAACUGGAGGGCAGGAGACCAUUGAACUGGUGAAAGGAGGGCACCAGACCUUGGAAAUGUCCCAGGGGGCCGGACAUCAUCACACUUUGGAAUCGUCUAGGGGAGGUGGACAGCACACCCUGGAUUCCGGCCGGGGAGGACACGUGGAGACGGACAACUGCAGAUACACGUACUCGGAGUGGCAUAAUUACACUCAGUCCCAUCUUGGUGAAAAGGUGCAGCUGUGUAAUCAGGACGACAAUCACAAGCAUGCUCAAGACUACGUCCUUACGUAUAACUAUGAAGGAAAAGGAUCGGUGGCUGGCUCUGUAGGUUGUUGCAGUGAACAAGAAGAAGAAGAUGGGCUUGAAUUUUUGGAUCAUUUGGAACCCAAGUUUAAGACACUAGCAGAAGCAUGCAUAAAGAGAUGAUUGUGUUCUAAUACGUCUAUAAAAGCCAAUGGCUUUAUCACCUUUUUUUUUUUAAUUUUCAGUUUUUAAAAAUAGAAGAUGCUUUGUUUGGGACUUUUCCCCCAUUAUUUUGAUGGGAUCUCUUUAGCCAAAUGCACAUUCACAGAAAGAUGCUGUAAAUAAGAACACAAAUUUCACAGUUUUUACAUAGUUUUUAGUUACUUGUCUUCCACUCAAGGGGACCUACAGAUAGAAAAAUUAAGGAAGUCUGCAUUAUUGUUUACAUUUGGGUAUAAUGACAGCAGCGAAUUUGUAGUGCAAUAAAAUGUAAUUAAUUCAAGUCUAUUUCAUAGACUACUUGAAGUUAAUCUGAUAGAAAAUUGUAGAGAUCUUGCUUUAAUAUUAUAUUCAGUUAGCUAAUUAAUUAAUUGUUUGUAUGGUGCUUGAAAACUGUUGUUCUCCUAAACAUUAUAAAGUGUGUACAUUACAUUAUUAUUGUUUUAUUCUUAUAACAUGACCUUUCUUCAUGAUGCAAAGGGAGAGUCCCAAUCAGGCAUUGACUGUUAUUACAAUUCCAUUUUGGUGGAGUUUAGUUUCUAGGUUUUAUUCUAUAUAAAAUCCUGCACUGAAUCCACAGUUCCUCUGUUACUUACCUUCUCAGUGAAAUUUAAGUUUAAAAGAUGCUUUAAGAAUGUAUUUUUACAUCUGCAAGUUUUUGGUCUUUGGUCUCUUUCUUUCUCUCCUCUUUAUUUUUAAAAUUCCUACGUGGGUUGGAGCAUCUAAAUAUUUUAAAAAGCUGUCUCUCUUCUCUUAUAAAGUGAGUUAGUCUAUUUCGGUUUUAUGUAAAUGUAUGUAUUCUCUGUUUUUCUUAAAAUCAAUGUAAUGUUGAUUUUAUUGUUUCAAAUAUCUUGGUUAUUGCUUCGUUAUUCUCCUCAACAAAGAACCUUUAAUUUUGCCAUUGAAACUAUAAAAAUAUGUCAUGCUUUUAUUAGAUGCAACAUUCUGUGUUAACAAAAAGAAUACUGUAAUUAAAACUGGGAUCUGGGAUUUAGUAUAUAAUAGCAUAUUUACAGUUCGCAUCUUUAAUGUAAGGGUACGGUUUAAAAGUGCAAAAUAGUGAUGGUUUUUGAAAUAAGCUUUGAAAUACAGAUGAAAGCUCUCUAAGAAUAACUAUUUUAUAACUUUUUAGAUGAAAUGGCUAGUCAUAUCUGUGUGUUUAUAAAUUUUUUUAUAUUUUAAAAUUACAGUUUUUAACAAAUGUAGAAAUGGGCCAAACUGUUUAAAUUUUGAAACAAUAAAGACAAAAUUAAGCUUAACAGCCAACCAAAUUCCAGGCCAGGUUUCACUGCUGACUUCAGUCAAUGAAUUUUGUGUAUACUAACUAUAUGGACAUUUUAAAUGUAUUUCUAAUGUUUAUGAUUGUUAAUAAUUUGCCUAUCUUGAAUUCACAAGGUUGGCUUAUAACAAUUAUUUUUAAGGAUUAACAUUGGGUAAUUAUUCAGUAAUCAAUUUAUUUUUUCAAUAGUUUCAUUACUGCUCAGUCAAAAAUACUGUUUCUCAGUUAUUUUAAUAAAUUAUGUACAAAAUUCUUGUAUAUUACUAGUUAUGAUGAAGUAAAUCAGGUAGUUUUAAAAAAAUUCAUGUGAGUUUGUUAAUCAUAUGUAAGAUAUGAGCUUAUGAGAUUGUGUUUGUCUUACUUAGAGAAGUGAGUCUCUUUUUUAGCAUCCCGUUCUACAUUUUUUAGAAUUUUAGAGUUGGAUUUGGAAAGAUCAUUGGUCCAUUGUUACCACCACAUUUAUAUAACUUUACUAUUCUAAGACUGUGAUGCUAUGGGAUAUUGGUUAAAUUGCAUAAUUUCUCUGUGUCUGGUUUUUUUUUCAUCAUAAAAUGGGGGGUAAUGAUAGAACUUCUUUCCUAGGGUGGCUGUAAGACAUUUGAAUAAAAAAUGGUUUUUAAGCAUGAAAGUCA